GCCCUCCCGAGAGAGAGGGCCGGGGUGCACUUGAUGGCUUUUGUUUGUUUGUUUUUUCCUUGGAGAGCAGCAGUAGCGGGAACUGAACGUGCGUCAAGGCAAGCCGGUUCUUUUCUGUUUUCAGUUUCUCGCGAUGUGACUCUUGUAAUCCGCCCGAGGAACGCUGCGCGGCUGGGGUAGUUGUGGCUGGUUAGCAGCGCAGGAUAGCGUUUCCUUGGCACCGGCACUUUAACCACCUUUACACCGUAGUAUCCCAGGGUGGAAAAAACAGACUCACAAGCAGACUUCCUUCAUUGCUUCCAAGGGAAAGCACAAAAAGAAACAGUUUGAUAAUGCCUGAAAUUCACUGAAGAUACUUCAUGAUGAUACAUUGCCACCGUUUAUAUUUGCCAAACGCUAGUGCCUCUUAAAAUUAAAUGUUUUGGCCUAGAAAUGGGGAUGAGUCAGGGAGCACCGAAGAGAGGAUGACUAAGAGACUGUGGCGGCUCCACUUUCUGUAGAUUCAGCAGAACUCCUUGUACUGCAGCAUGAUGCUACCCCUGUUUCCGAGCUGUCCGUGGUCCCUUGUUUCUGGAGGCUUCUGAAAUCCUUUUGUAAUUUUCAUAUGCCAUACACUGGAAGAGAUACUUGAUGGGCUCGAGUAGUGAGGAGGUUGCGUCUCUAGAUGAUGUCUGAUCAGCAAAUUGAAAGAACCCUGAUUACCAACAGAUCCUUCCAAAAAUGUUCCUUCCCUGAACCCUUGUCUCGUGUAUUUGUUCAUUUACGCUAGGCACGACUCCAUUCCUGUGGUGCUCGCUGAGCUGAUACUUCAUGCCCCAAGAGAGCAGUAUCUGCUUUUAUCUAUAAACUUCAAAGCUUCCUUUCAGGCUUUAUGUGGUGUUGGUAAUAGUUGUGAUGUGUAAGUUUUGCUUUGUUCUGUUAUUUUAUCUCACCGAAUCUUGCAUCAUUUUAUCUCCUGAGAUUUCUUCACUUCCUGCAAUCCCAGUUCUCUGGCAGGAUUGCGUGAAGUCUUUCAUCGAGAAUCAGUGCAGUCUUACAAAUUCUUAAAAGACCUUGUCUUGAAAGACAAAAGAUUGAUACUUGGUUUAUGGAAAAUCCAAGUACUAUCAAAAAAGCACAAACUUCCUAGAGGAGUGAUCUUCCAAAGACACAAGACUUCCUACGUUCCCCAGGUGUUCAAACCAGGGAGCCUAGAAGGCCUGAUUUUUAUAAUGAGGGGCCGUAUGGAAGAUUUUUUUUCCUGUGAUUUUUUUUAAAAAACCAAAACACACAGCAAACCAACCCCUGCAAAAAAACUUAAUGAUCUAAAACGACGCAUUAAACCCAGGGCUGCAGAUAUCACAAAGUAACAUGGAAAACGUCUUAAGGCUUUAGAAUACUGCUUCAGAAAAAUUUCUGUCCUAUCACCUCUACUUCAUAUUCAAGCUGCAUUAAAUUAAAAAAAGGUGUGCCAAAAUGUCAGAAAGAUCAGAUAUUCUUCACUUCAAGUUUGACAGUUAUGGAGAUUCAAUGUUACAGAAAAUGAACAAACUGAGGGAAGAAAACAAAUUUUGUGAUGUCGUGGUCCAUAUAGAUGAUGUUGAAGUUCAUGGGCAUAAAAUUGUAUUUGCUGCUGGCUCUCCCUUUUUAAGAGAUCAGUUCUUACUAAAUGACUCCAGAGAUGUAAAAAUCUCUAUACUGCAGAGUUCAGAAGUGGGGAGGCAGCUGCUUCUGUCCUGUUACAGCGGCAUUCUGGAGUUUCCUGAAAUGGAACUGGUAAACUACUUGACUGCCGCAAGCUUUCUGCAGAUGAGCCACAUCGUUGAACGCUGUACACAGGCCCUCUGGAAGUUUAUAAAGCCGAAGCAGCCCUUGGAGAGCAAGGAGUGUGAACAGCAAAGCGACUCCUCUGAGCUGAAGGACCAUCAAGGAGAUGACGACUCUCUGCAGCAAGAUUCUCCUUGUAUUCAACCUUCAGAAGACAGUAUGGACAUGGAGGAUAGUGAUAUUCAGAUCAUCAAGGUAGAGUCCAUUGGGGAGGUAACGGAAGUUAGGAACAAGAAGGAUCAGAACCAGUUUAUUUCUUCUGAGCAAACUGCACUGCAUUCCUCAGAGCCUCAACACUUUCUCAUCAACUCCACUGUUGAAAACAGAGCAAGUGAGAUAGAGCAAAACCACCUCCAUAACUACGCCCUUUCAUACACUGGCACUGAUAACAUCAUUCUGGCCUCUAAGGAUAUGUUUGGGCCUAACAACCGAGGUAUAGACAAAGGCCUCCAGUGGCACCAUCAGUGCCCAAAGUGCACGAGAGUAUUUCGGCAUCUGGAAAACUAUGCUAAUCACUUAAAGAUGCAUAAAUUAUUUAUGUGUCUACUCUGUGGCAAGACAUUCACUCAGAAAGGCAAUCUCCACCGGCACAUGAGAGUGCACGCAGGCAUCAAACCGUUCCAAUGUAAGAUCUGUGGGAAAACGUUCUCUCAGAAAUGUUCCUUACAGGACCAUCUCAACCUGCACAGUGGGGACAAGCCCCAUAAGUGUAACUACUGUGACAUGGUUUUUGCGCAUAAACCCGUUCUGAGGAAACAUCUUAAACAGCUACACGGUAAAAAUAGCUUUGACAAUGCCAAUGAAAGAAACGUUCAAGACAUAACAGUGGACUUCGAUUCAUUCACAUGUAGCGCUGCUACAGACGGUAAGGUCUGUCAGCAAGCCGAUGCAAGCCAGGUACUGGAUGCAGGGAAGCUGCCUCAGGCUGUGCUCAGUUUAAGAAAUGAUAGUACCUGCGUCAAUUAAGCAAUUAAAACCAGCCCUUUGUAGGGAUCGUGACUGAGAGGAGCAAACAGUUGGUUUGGGCUCUUACCUAAACUAGCCUGAAAGGCUACGGAUGGAUGGAUGGAUGGAUGGCAGGUUGGAUUGCAAAACCUGGCAGGUCUUCAGCCAUCAUUCUUAGUCUUACUUGAUAUUUUCUGUGAAUAGCAAUCUUCCUUCAGGUUUCUGUCUGUGUCUCUACUGUGGAUUAUGGGGUUAAUUGUUUCAUUUCUCUCUGAUUAGGAGACUCAAGACUAACACCUUCUGAAAGACUGUUGCUGUGGGCUGCAAGUAAACCAUCUGCUGUACAUUUAGGGGCCUCUCUCUGUCUGGGCAGAUGGAGGAAAGAGCAAAGAGGACAAAUCUGUGAGAUAACCCAAUUAUUUUUUUUUUUAAAGCACUGGAUAACUGAAAGCACUCCAUAUAGUUAAAUUUAAACUUACCUCUUAAAAAUUGUCUUUCUCUGAUCUUACCCCUAGACCCCUACACUUGAAAUGAAGUAUUUUUGUGUCACUUUUUUGCCCUUUCUAAACUAUUUCAAGGAACUUCUGCUGCCAGUCAACGCUAUCUUAAAAAGCUCUCAGGGUUUUUAACCUCAACAUGCAUUAUGAAAAGAGAAAACCCUAAAUGAUUUGGCAGGGCUAGCUGAUGAUUGCAUAGAACUGUUCAAAAUGAAUUGCAGCUCUGGAAUGUGAGAGGCCGGUGCCUGGAGUGCAAGUAUGACCUAUUUCUUACGCUGUCAUACCUAGGAUUUUUAAAGGGCACUUACCAGCGUAUGUACUGAGACAAGCUAAACACUUCAAAACUAAAAAUUAUCAUCCAUCUUCCAUAAAUUUUGCUUCACAUAGGCCACAACAGUUACUGGUUUUAGAGCAAAGCCGGAGUGGAGAAAUACUGCUUUUUGACACUGUGAAAAGAAUCUGUUUUAAAAGCUGCAGUGUGUAACAACUCCAUGCUCUUCCUUUUUUUUUCUUUUUUUUUUUUUUUUUUUUUUUUUUUCUUUUUUCCCCCUUAGUGCUUGUAUAUCUCACCUUGAUAUCUAAUAAGGGCCACAUGUCAGUUUACUUGAAAAAAGAAAACAAAAAUACCUGCCAUAAAAAGAUUAACAUCAUCAAUUUUUUUGAUUUCUUGGACAUUCAGAGAAUACUUUUUUUUUAAGUGACCUGCAUAGUUCAUGACCAUUAGUGUUUUACAGAGCCUAGGAUGAGGUAUAGGUAGCACAAUUUCCAUAGGUUAAUAUAUCAGCAAUUGACUGUACUCAGCAAUACCUCUUAUAUACCGCCUUAAACAUCAAAUGUAGCGGGAAUGGCAUGUGAAUUGGGAUUCUGGGAUUAUACCAUAUUACUUCUCAAAAGUGCCGUGGAAUUAUCCGCAUCCCAAUCAGGCUGAAAGAAACUAAUAUAUCUGAGGAACACCAUUCCCAGUAGAACUCUUAUUACAUUGAAGUGUAGCAUAGACUAAUAAUCAAAUGGCUGAUCCUCGGUAGAGAACUGCUGUUUGUAUUUGGAAUAAGUAUUUCUUCCAAUGCAGCUCUUUUCCACAAGGUUUGCCAUGAGGCUGAGAUUAUGCUUCCUACCUAAAAGUAGUACUGUUUGUGUGUUUGAAUGAGGGGGUGGGGGUGAAAGGCUGCUAUUGUGUGGUUAAAAAUGCUAAACAGGUAUGACCAAAGGUGUGUUAGAGCAAAAAAUGUUUUGUAUGUAAUUAUCAAAAGUUGGUCUUGAUCUUCAGAUACGUGUGUGUGUGUAGAAGCCAGGAUUUCCUUAUGCGGACAUUACACUGACGGACGAUAAAAAGCGUUAAUCUCGCAGAACGUUUUCAGAAAUCCACGUACUUUCAAGUAGAAAAGCAAGGUGAUUCUGUGAAUCAGUUUUUGCAAUUGAGUUUUUAAACUACUGUACUUGACUGUUACAUGAACUAUUACAUGGACAGCUAUGAAGUAAGCAAUGGAAAUGGAGUCAGGCCAUUACAUCUUUCAAGUUGUAGCAAAUAUAUUUAGGCCUAAAAUCUAACUAUUUGGAACUUUUUAAAAUUACCGUUCAGGUUCCUGGGGCAGAAAAUAGGUUUGCAUGGGAAGAAAAACUGGUUUUCCUCUUAAAGCAACCUGCUUCCAGAAUCGUUUCGAGCUAAAACUGACCGUGACAGUUGCACCUGACACUUGCAUUUUGUCUUCAGGCAGAAUCUUCUGUAUUGUUCAAACAUUUUGGUAACAUUCACUAUAUGGAAACAAGUUAUAGCACUAACAUCGAAACAAAGAUAGACAUGGAGAAUAAGAGCUUGCAGAGCCAGGUCAACAUGCUGUAAGGGACUAGUGAACAAUCUAACCAGACAUGGACAUGGACAUGAUAAAUAAAACUAUCUUCUGCCAGAGAAAGGAAUAAAACUGUACAAAUGCUAGAAAAAGUGGCAGCAAAAUGAACAGUACUGAAAGCUUUGUCUGUCUGGGAAGGUUUUUUUUCAUGGAAUCAUGAAGCUGUAAUGAUACUGCAAGGAGAAUACAACUUGUUGAAGUAGCUGCAGGUGACCUGAAGCUGAUACAAAGAGACAAGGGGUUUCCUAAGAAACAAAAAAAUUAUUUGGUCAAGAUACAUAGGUUUUCAGUCCACCCCCUGCUGUGGGGGUGUCAGCGUCCAAGAAGGGUGAGACUGCUGGCCGUUCAGUUAAAAGGCUGCCUGUGGUCAUUUGGUGAGACCAUGGCAGAAAUAAAUAGCAAAAAGAUGACACGCAGAAGACUGCUUCUUCAAUGAAAAUGGAUGCAUCUGUUGGAUGAAGAGUGACUUCUUACUAACGUCUGUGCUUUUGGCCUGGCAAAUGGGUGCAGACCAAAAGAUUGAUGCAGGAGAUGGCUGUGUGGCUCCAGAAACACUGGAGAUCUAAGAGGGCAAUACGCUGAUGGCACGGUGCAAAGUGCGCUGGUGGUAGAGUUCAUCUAACAGACAAGUGAAGAGUAUAGAAGAGGUGUUAGAAAAGAAAAAUCUGGCUAAUGCUUCUUCUCUGAAUUACAGAUUAAAAUGGAGUGAGAAUUAUUAUAAAUGGAAUACACAGAGGCAGCUUGAUUAUAGAAUGAGAUGAACUUAAUUGUCCAUGUUUGUAAAAUGUUGUCUUCAUUGCAAUGUUCCGAUUAGUGAAAGACUAGAUCCAUUGGUUGUUGCUACUGAUGCUGCAUAUUCAGAUGAGGACUAUGGCAGUUAUCAUAAUCUGUGUGUUAAUGUGUAGAAUACUAUUUGCUGGUAAGUGGAUAGUCUCACAAGUUAAUGUGCUGUACAACUUCCUGCAUAUCCUAAAAAUAACUGAAGUCUAUUACAAAAAUAUUUUAAUAACUUCUUGAAAAUAUUAGGAUUUUUUUUUAUGUUGGCAUUUUAUUUAUUUUUUUUUUUAUAUAUAUAGGAGAAGAAAAUCUUAGAACUCCUUAGGUUUACCAGAGGUUUAGGCUCACCGCUUUUCUGAGUGGUGGUAGCUUGUGUAGCCUGUGUUCCCCCAGCCUGUGCCGCUGCACAGCCUCCUGUAUAGGUCAGGGAUGAGCCUUUCCUUAAUUUAUUUUUUUUCUUUUGGAAGACGUGUUUUGCAAGUUAGUAACUGAUAAAAUUGAAGCGUCAGUCUUUUUCUCCUGUAGCUUUUUUGGCAAAACUUAGAUAGCUGCUGCUGAACUUUUCUUGAAAUAACUUAAAAAUUAAUUGUGUGGGGGCCGAUUUUGGUUCUGGAGUCAUUGGGAGGAGUGAAGGCGAGGAGGGAGAAUCAAAAUGUGAGACGUACUGAAACUGUUGAGAGAAUUCUGAAGUCAUGUGAAGUCUUGAUUACUUUUUAAAAAACCAAGGGGGGAGAAUAGUCGGCCCUCCUGGCGUGGUGAGGGUUGAGGAGGCAGAACGGACGUUUUUCCUUUGAGAUUGUAUAAUCGACGGACUGAGCAUUAGCUACCUCUUCAGUGACUGGGCAGAAGCCUCAGCCCAAGUGUCGUUACCAAAGCAGGCGGGGCAGCGGCUGCCGGCGCAGCCUCCUCCCGCGCUGG